AUGUGGGUCGGCGACAGUGGUCUGCCUGCAUACCAACAAGGCCUCAAGGUCCUCGGGGCCCCGCUCGGUACAGAUGAGUUCGUUGUUGCGCAACUCCACACCCUUUCCGCACAGCACCGCGCUCUCCUCGAGCUUCUCCCCUCACUUCCCGACCUCCAAGUCGCCUGGUUGUUGCUCCUGUACUGCGCCAACCCGCGUGCACAGCACAUACUCCGUGCCGUCCCGCCUGCCCUCACUGCUGUCUUCGCGGCCGAGCACGACCGCAGCAUGCUGCAUUGCCUGGCCCUGCUGCUGCAAGUCCGUGCUGCCCCGGAUGACCCGCUGCCCGGUCUUGCCAUCCGUCGGGCCCACCUGCCUCUUCGCCACGGGGGCCUCGGCCUGCGCAGCGCCGCGGCGCAUGCCCCGGCUGCCUUUUUCGCAUCUUGGGCAGAUUCGCUUCGCGCCAUCAGGGCCCGCGAGAGCGAGUCCUGCGACCAGAUCUUGCAACAACUCGCAGGUCCCUCAUGCCACAUUCGCUGUCUCGCGUCGGACGCGUCGCUCCAAGGUGCUGCAAUUGUCCUAACCAACCAUGGUCUUGCCGUGCCGGCGUGGGGGGAGCUGCUCGCUGAACCGCCGCCUGAGGCCGAAGCCGACCCCGCGCUGCACGAGCCAGCCGACCUCGCGCAUGGCUGGCAGAGAACAGCUUCCAAGGCUGUCGACGACGCUCUCCUUGCAGACCUCACAUCUGCGCUUGAUGAGGCGAGCAUUGCAUUGCUCCACUCCCAGGGCGGUCCCUUUGCCGGCCGAGUCUACACCGCCCUCCCUACGUGCCCGGAGCUGCGCCUUGAUUCCGCAGCUUAUGAGGUUCUCCUGCUCCGGCGUCUGCGCCUCCCAUUGCCUCUCGAUGCUGCGGCCUGCCGUUAA